UUUCCACAUACAUUUAUUUGUUUUUGAAGCGUUAACAUUUUACAUUUAGCAUACAAAAUUAAUUUGAAAUUGUACAAUACGUAAUAGACCAGUUACCAUAGCCUAAGAAGGCACUAUGUUAUGGUAGAUUGCUGGUAAAGGUUGGUUAGUUUACGAAGUUCUUAAUUGUCAAAAAAAUGGGAUCCAACCGAAAGCGUAAAAGCGACGUGAAUGGCACAUACAAACUUAUUCGUCUUUAUCGCGCCAAUGAUUGUCUUUGGAAUCCAAAAUCAUCGGGAUUUAAGAAUUUGGCGUUGAAGGAGAGAGCCUGGUUACGCAUAUCACAAUUUUUUAAGGACAAGCUAACCGUGGAGCAGAUCAAAUUGCAGAUUUUAUCGCUUCGUUAUUACUAUGCCACAGAACUAUUAGCCAUUAAACGCAGCAAACUGGGAGGAUACCACUAUGUCCCUCGACAAUCGUACUUUGCAGAUCUGGAGUUUUUGAAAGAAGCGAUGGAGCACAGUGUCACUGUUAAAGCCAUUGAGACAAAGACUCAGGUCACCAGCGACCAAAUCAACUGCCUCGUUGAGGAUGCAUUUCUGCUGAGCAGCAGCGAGAACAGUAUCCGCAGCGAACAAGUUGAUUUUCAGAUCACUUCCGCAUCGAAUGAAGAUGGCAUUACAAGCUCUGUGCUGCAUUCGGUUGUCUCCUCAGACAGAGAGCAAUUUAUGCAACUGCCUUUGCCUCCACUUGAUGUACGAGAUAAUCAGCUUCCAAUUCGAGUAGUUUCUGGUAACGAUCGAUGGCUCACCACAUCAAAUUCUUAUAACGACCAUGAAGAUGACAAUUAUGUUGGGAGCCAGUGGAAGUCGCGUAACAGCAACUAUAGUGUCAGCAGCGGAAUUGAGAGACGUAGCCAUAAUCAAAGUCCAGCUAUAUAUAGGCCAGAAAUGGGUGCUACUACGAGUACGUAUGAUGAAGAUUUUAUAUAUGGUGAAUCUUAUAGGGCCAGAGCUCGAGUUCCACCCAAAAAAAAGAUUUUGACCGCAAGAUACAGAAGCAAGGCAAGGCAUUCACAUGGCCCUGAUUCAUAUAUCGAUACGGAGGACUGGCAGAGAAAUAAUGAUUCUGGAAGCCAAAAACUGCACCAUAGGAUGAGUGAUGGCAGGGAGAGUGACUAUCGCAGUGGUAGAAGCUCACGAGAUGUUGGUCGCAAAUCAAGCGAGGACGCUAAGAAUCAAAACUACAAAUAUACAGGAAGUACCAGCUUUAACGGCUCCGUCACAUUUCCAUUUGUUCAGCAAUUGAGCGUACAGCCAACUUAUCAAGGGGAUGGAGUUUGCACAUGUUGCCCAAAUGCCUUUCCAAAUGAGCAACCUGAAUACAAUGAACCCACUCCGAAACCGGACCCGGAGCCAAUACUAUCAGAGCCAGAGCCAGAAUCUGAAAUGUAUGUGCCACCAUCACUCCCUCGAAAGGAAAACGAUCGUGAUCUUAUUAGGGAUAUACCAAUCGCAUCGUCUAGACUUGAAUCAAAGCGAACUUCAAGGGUUGCAUCUGUAGCUGGGUCUAGAGCGGUGUCCAAUCGACCAUCGUUCGAACAAGCACGGCCUCUCAAAAGGAUGGUCUGUACAAAUAACAGAAGUAGAUUUAAUAAAUCGCCCAAGGAAAACAUGAUAAUGUGCCCUUCGGGAAGACAGGAAAAAAUGGACGAAUAUGACGACGAGGGCCCAGAAAACAGAAAUCGGCAAAGAAGUGAUGACUUUAGAGGGAGCCCCGAAAGACCAACGCGCCGAAGUAAUGAGGAAGAAUUUGUAGAUGGUCCAGAAAGGAAGAUGCGCCGAAGUGGUGAAGAUGAAAGAGUUUCGUCGGCGUCUGGCCAACAAAAUGAAGACAUCCCGGGAAAACAAUCAAGAUUGCAAUCAAGAAGAAUGUCAAGGAGUAAACCCGAUCAGGACUUUUAUCCCGAGACUGAUCCGGUACAGUCUCCGCGAAGGCAAUCUCAACGGGGCAAUGAAGGGUACACUUCGCCAGAUGGUUGUAAAAGUAGAUCAAAUCGGCAAAGCCGCGAUAAAGGAGAGAGAUCUAGGCAUGCUAGUCAGGACUAUUAUCCCGAGACUGAUCCGGUGGAGCCUUCGCAAAGGCAAUCUCAACGGGGCGAUGAAGGGUACACUUCGCCAGAUAGUUCUAAAAAUAGAUCAAAUCGGCAAAGCCGCGAUAAAGGAGAGAGAUCUAGGCAUGCUAGUCAGGACUAUUAUCCCGAGACUGAUCCGGUGGAGCCUCCGCAAAGGCAACCUCAACGGGGCGAUGAAGGGUACACUUCGCCAGAUGGUUCUAAAAAUAGAUCAAAUCGUCAGAGCAUCGAAAAACAAGAGAGAUCUAUGAAUGAUAAUCCGGACUAUUAUCCCGGGCCUGAUCCGAUGAAGUCUCCGCGAAGGCAAUCUCAACGGGCCGAAGAAGGGUACACUUCGCCAGAUGGUUCUAAAAAUAGAUCAAAUCGACAAAGCCGCGAUAAAGGAGAGAGAUCUAGGCAUGCUAGUCAGGACUAUUAUGCCGAGGCUAAUCCGGUGGAGCCUCCGCAAAGGCAAUCUCAACGGGGCGAUGAAGGGUACACUUCGCCAGAUGGUUCUAAAAAUAGAUCAAAUCGGCAAAGCCGUGACAAAGGAGAAAGAUCUAGGCAUGCUAGUCAGGACUAUUAUCCCGAGGCUAAUCCGAUGGAGUCUCCGCGAAGACAAUCUCAACCGAUCGAUGAUUCUAAAAAUAGAUCAAAUCGGCAGAGCCGCGAUAAAAUAGAAAGAUCAAGGCAUAAUAGUCAGGACUAUUAUCCAGAGACUGAUCCGGUAGUGUCUCCGCGAAGACAAUCUCAACGGGGCGAUGAAGGGUACACUUCGCCAGAUGGUUCUAAAAAUAGAUCAAAUCGGCAAAGCCGCGAUAAAGGAGAAAGAUCUAGGCAUGCUAGUCAGGACUAUUAUCCCGAGACUGAUCCGGUGGAGCCUCCGCAAAGGCAAUCUCAACGGGGCGAUGAAGGGUAUAUUUCGCCAAACAGUUCCAAAUAUAGAUCAAAUCGGCAAAGCCUCGAAAAACAAGAAAGAGAACAGGACUAUGAUCGGUACGGUCCUAAUAAUCUUUGUAAAGGUAGUUGUUACGCAACGUGCGCAUUGGUUAGAAGUACACGCAACAGUCAAAAAAGCAAUGAAUAUCCCGCAAAUUACGAAAUCGACAAGGAGGACUACGGAGAAAGGACUACGGACGAUGAAUAUAAUAGUGAAAAGGACCGUUUGUCUUUAAAAGAUCAGAAUGGUCAGGAAGAUUACGAAAACCCAACCGACAAUCUUAACCACGGUAUGGACUGUGAAUGUCCACAGGGAAACUAUGGAGGAAGGCAAAGUUACAAGCGCGAUACGGAAUAUGUACCAGAUAAAUACCAGACCAGACAAGACGAUGAGUAUAAUCGUGGUAAGGAUCCUAUAUCAAAAUACCAAUCUGAACAGGAUUACAAUGAAUGUCCUGCAAAUUACCAGACAAACACAAAUAUCGAUGGCAGAGAUCUCGAUAUGGUUCCUAUUUGUCCUAAAUACCAGAACAUCCAGGAUGCCCGUGGAAGUAGAGAGGAUAAAAAUAUUGAAGACUGUAUCUGUCUAGGAAACCAGGCGCAUCAUGAUAGCUACCAAGAAAGACAAGAGUAUAACCGCCAUAAGGAUCAGACCUAUCAGGAGAACUACGGAAGGACGGACGCUGAUUUUAACACCGAUAAGAAUAAUGAACCUGCAAAUCAACAAGAGCACUAUGAUCCCUGUCUAUGUGCAGCCAAUCUGCCAAAUCAAUAUAACCGCAAGAAACAAACCUUUAAUUGUGACCUAAACUGCUCCUGUCCAGCAAAUCGUAAGAAGGAACCCUAUAAAUAUGAUCCAGACUGCUCCUGUCCAGCAAAUCUCAAAAGGGAACCCUUUAAAUGUAAUCUAGACUGCUUCUGCCCAGCAAAUCGCAAGAAGGAGCCAGCAAAUCAGAUAACUCCUUAUAAGAAGGAACCCUAUAAAGAUUAUCAAGACUGCCCCUGCCCAGAAAAUCCGAUACCUCCUUAUAAGGAGAAACCCUAUAAAGGUGAACCUGACUGCUACUGUCCAGAAAAUCGGAUAGCUCCUUAUAAAGGCAAUAUAGAGCCAGAAUAUCAGCCAGCUCCGGUUAUUCGAGAAAUAGAGUAUCCACCAGAAAAGUACGAGCCAGAAGUUAUACCAGAAAAGUACCAACCAGAAGUUAUACCUGAAAAGUACGAGCCAGAAAUUAUACCUCAACAGUACGAGCCAGAAAUUAUACCUGAAAAGUACGAGCCAGAAAUUAUACCUGAAAAGUACGAACCAGAAGUUAUACCUGAAAAGUACGAGCCAGAAAGUAGUCCUAAAGAGCCCCUUACCGAUCAGGAAGACUUGAAACCUGAUGAGGUAAUGCUUGAUUGUGAGUGCCCAACAAGCGAAGAUGAUGCGGAGAAAUUCGAGCCCGCCAAGGAAGAGCCAAAGCCAGAGCCACCUAUAAGGGCUCCUUGUCUUUGCGAGGCGGCCGUUGAGACGGACAUUGACAUGACCUUGACUGAUAGAGCCAGACGAAAGAAAUGCAAUUGCUCUCAAGAUUCCUUGGAAACAGCCAAGCUUAUAGAGAAAAAGGCGAAAGAAGAAAAAAAUGCAAUCUUUAAUGAACCUGAAAGUGCUCCGCCAGUUAAGUCCAGGGUCGCAAAAGGAGCCAAAAAAAUAGGGAAAAUCUGCUCAUGCAAGCCACCUGUAUUCAAUAAAAAUGUCAAAAACGCCAAGGCUGCAAGUCCUGUAGGUCCUGCGACAAAACACGAACAGUUGAAACAACGGACUCAGUCACCGGUGGGAGCCAAGCCACGUUCGCUCAGCAAGCGUCAGAACAAAAUCGACGAUGACGGCCUAAACAAAUUCCAGGCCCUCGGCGGCCCAGCACGCCAGUACGUUUACGAAAUGCAGGAUGAGAUACACAUUAAAGUCAGCAAUCAUCAGAAUGGCGGCUAUGAGGUGUACAAAAAGCAUGUAAAUAAAUCGCAAACAUGCGAUGGUCUGGCUAUAUUGUGCUCGUUCCGGGUGCCGCCAACUUUGGCGGAGACGACAAUAGGCAUACUGAACAAUCACAUAUCACAAAACGCGCCGAAUGCGGAAGAUGAUUUUAAUUCUAUUUCAGAAUCUCAAGAACGGCCCAAGAAAUGCUUUCCAAUACGAAACAACUUAACUGAACGGCGAAAUCCUAGACAACCUGCGGAACGCUUAGGAAGUAAUCCGUUUCUUAAAUUGAAUUUCGAUGCUUCGAAACGAGACAUAAUUGUAUUGCAUCCUCCGGUGCCUAACUUUCGUCCGUCGAAGAACUCUCUCAGCAUGAAGGAUUUUGAAGUAGAGAAUUACGAGAGAGAGCAUUGGCCGGUUGAGAGAUACUCGAAAUCAAUGCGGCCCAUGCCGAAACGAUCACCUAGUCACUGACAACCUAAGCCAAACCAAUCUAACCAUAGCUCUAGUUUCUUCACACAUCAUCCAUAGCACCAUAAAAUGUCAUUCACCAACUAAA